GGUGACGAUUACUCGAAACGCCAGUUUUUGUUGGGAUGUGAAGUGAGGCCGAUCGUGCUGGGCCAAGAUGUUUUCUGGUUCGAAGCGCGAAGGCCUGGCUCAAAUGGAGGGGUACAUUCCGGACAGGGUGAAAAACGCCGAGAAGCGCCUCGAACAAAAUGUCUACGACGUGGAAGCCUGGAGCAUUCUGCUUAGGGACGCACAGAACAAGAAAGUCGAGGAGGCUCGGCCACUCUACGAGAAGAUAGUGACGCAGUUCCCGAAUGCCGGCCGCUACUGGAAGAUUUACAUUGAACACGAGAUGAAGUCAAGAAAUUUCGAGAGAGUUGAAAAGCUGUUCCAGCGUUGUCUCAUGAAGGUGCUCAACAUUGACUUGUGGAGAUGCUACCUCACAUAUGUCAAGGAGACCAAGGGAUCGUUGCCAACGUACAGGGAGAAGAUGGCGCAGGCAUACGACUUUGCGCUCGACAAGAUGGGCAUGGACAUUCUCUCGUACCCCGUCUGGAGUGAUUACAUCAACUUCCUCAAGAGCGUGGAGGCCGUGGGGUCGUACGCAGAGAAUCAGCGCAUAACAGCCGUACGCAAGGUCUACCAGCGAGGCAUCAUCAAUCCCAUGAUGAACAUCGAGCAACUCUGGAAAGAGUACAUCAAUUAUGAACAGGGCAUCAACAUGCUGAUUGCAGAGAAGAUGAUCUCUGACCGUAGCCGAGAGUACAUGAAUGCACGGCGCGUUGCCAAGGAGUACGAAGCAGUUACCCGGGGGCUUAACAAGAACUCGCCAUCUGUCCCACCACAGGGGACACCUGAAGAAGCAAAGCAGGUGGAGCUAUGGAAAAAAUACAUUGCUUGGGAGAAAAGCAAUCCCCUCAGGACAGAUGACCAUGCCCUCAUCACGAAGCGAGUGAUGUUUGCGUACGAGCAGUGCCUACUGUGCCUGGGCCACCACCCGGACGUCUGGUACGAGGCAGCCCUGUUCCUCGAACAGUCCAGCAAGCUGCUCACCGACAAAGGGGACCUGAACGCCGGCAAGCUCUUCUCGGAUGAGGCUGCUGCCAUCUACGAGCGUGCGACCACCACUCUGCUGCGGAAGAACACCCUCCUCUACUUUGCCUACGCAGACUUCGAAGAGAGUCGUAUGAAGCACGACAAGGUUCACCAAGUAUACAACAAGUUCAUUGAAAUUCCAGACAUCGACCCAACACUGGCAUACGUCCAGUACAUGAAGUUUGCGCGGAGGGCCGAGGGCAUCAAGACGGCACGAGUGGUGUUCAAGAAGGCGCGGGAAGACGCUCGGAGCGGCCACCAGGUGUACGUUGCAGCUGCGCUGAUGGAGUAUUACUGCAGCAAGGAGAAGACCGUGGCCUUCAAGAUCUUUGAGCUGGGCCUCAAAAAGUAUGGAGACAACUCAGACUACAUCAUGGCCUACGUCGACUACCUCUCACACCUGAAUGAGGACAACAACACGAGGGUGCUGUUUGAAAGGGUGCUCACGUCGGGUUCCCUGCCACCAGAGAAGUCGGUGGAGAUUUGGAAUCGGUUCCUGGAAUUCGAGUCCAACAUCGGCGACCUCUCGAGCAUUCUCAAGGUUGAAAAGCGGAGGGCUGCUGCUAUUGAAAAACUCAAGGAGUUUGAGGGCAAGGAGACUGCGCUGCUAGUGGACCGGUACCGGUUCAUGGACCUCUACCCCUGCAGCCCACAGGAACUGAAGUCGCUAGGAUACAGGGAGGUGACGCGGCUGCCCGUGGUGGUGUCGUCUGCGCCAGCGUCAAAGCGGGAGGUGCGCGAGGAGGCUGCGACAGACAAGCAGAACCCCGUGUACCCCCGCCCUGACACGGGACAGAUGAUCCCCUUCAAGCCCAAGCAGAUCUGCCCAACUGGGGCACACCUUGUUCCUGGUGGCGUGUUUCCUCCUCCACCGGCAGCUUCGGAACUGAUGAUGAGGCUACCACCACCCCAUUGCUUCAUGGGUCCCUUUGCAGCAGUUGACGAACUUAUGGAGGUCUUCAGGACCAUGAACCUGCCUGAUAAACCCCCCCGUCCGAGCGAGAACGGCGUCUCGAAAGACCACUUGAAGCUCUUCGAGCACAACCAAGCAGGUGGCCCACAGUCGGGCAACCCUGGCGGCGGCGGAGGCGGCGUCAAGCGCAAGCACCGCGACGGUGCCGCCGCCGGUGCAGGCGGCGGCACCAACGCGGGCGGUGCUGGCGCCGAAGAGAGUGAAGAGGAAGACGGUGGCCUCGCACCACCCGCGCACGACAUCUAUCGAUCGCGGCAACAGAAAAAGCUCAUGUUUUAGAGUGCGGGGUCGAAAAGUUGUCAGACGGUGUUGAGAGAAAGCAGUGACAGAGAGCGCUCGUACAAGAACUUUUGUGUCGUUUGGGCGACUACAGACGGACGUCAAGAGACUGACUGCACGGACCCUUCUUCUUCCAUCACAUUCUCUUGCCUUGUUUUUUUUUUGCCCCCGACACUUGGAGGGACCUGUGACGCGACUCUCAUGGUUUGUUUGACACUGUGGACUAUUCGUUUUUUCAUAUGACUCAUGGUGUGCAGGUCAUGCAUUUGUGUACAGUAAAAUGUUUGCGAGAGCAACUGAGGAAGAAAAAAAGAAAGCGCCUUGAGAGAAAGAUGAGGCCUUUAACAUGACAGCUGCUUCAAUUUUCAUCACUUAGUCGAGGAAACAAAACUACAGGAUACCUGGCCUCCCAGCAUAUGCUGCAACUUGUGGGGCCAAGUGUUCUCACGUGGCUUAUUGUUAGUCCCCUUUGCCUCGUUUGAUGUGUUCACCUCUCAAGACUAGUUAAAAUGCAUAUGUCAAUGCAGCUUUGCUGAAUGGUUUUGUGUAAGGCUACAAAAUUUUCAUGUUCAGGUGAGAAUUGAAUGUUGCAUCAUUCCUUCCUCAAGUGCAGCUUAUACAAAUAUUAGAGGCAGGCAGAUGACAUUUGUUGUCUGGGGCAUGUCUGAGCCUGAAAAUAUAAAUACAAAAGUGAGGAAACGUUUCGUGCAGUUAAAAUGUGUGGUGUAUCCUAAAAAAAAAAAAGUUAGAGACGAUAUUUAUGUAUGCAGGCUUAAAUACUGAGAGGCUCUAUGUAUAUAAAGGUUCACCUAUCAGCACAUCACGGCUGGUGAAACAAAAUAAUAAAAAAAAAGUUGUUGCGUUAAAGGCUCCACCUUUCCACACACAUCCAUUGAGAAAGUUUGACUGUGCUCAUUCCAUUUGAGCUUUGUAGAUGAUGCGUGUUCAUUAUUGUAAAUACAAACUCUGUAAGCCUUUUAAGUGACUCUUGGCAGGCUGUGUGUAAUGCUACAAGUGCACCUAUUGCUGGCGAAUAAAACCUAGUUUUAAGAGCGGCUGUCCAUCCAUCUGGCGAGUGUGUCAUCUGAAGAAUGCUUGUUGUUGCUGUGGUAACACUUUCAUGUGUACAAUCAUUGUGUACUGAGUUGGGUGAUUGUGCUUCCUACGUUUUGUUCAAAUAAAGACACAUUCUGAUAAUGUCA